AUGUCAAACCUCAUAUCCUACUUCGUUCUCAGCUUCUGCCUCAUCGGACUGGUCAAAUCAUUGGAUAGCGACACAGGAUUCGAUUCUGUCUGCGGAUAUAUCAAUGGUGAUAUUGAUCGUGCCCUUGACUGCUCAUCUGAAUCGUGUGGAUUCUUAUCCAUACUAGGCCACAGCAAUAAAUAUGUCGGGUGUUGUGAUGGCGUGAAUUGUGUCAUUCCGACUGUAUGUAUCGAGUCAGGCUCGGCAUCCAACAGUUACACUGUGGAAUGCAUCGACGAUUCUCUCCCGGCAUGUGCAACGUAUACAUGGCCAGAGCUCGAGGCAAAGGGGUACUUCUGCGCACCUUCUAGGACUACCGUAACAGUAAUCACAGAAAUGACUUCUGGUGGUGAGACUACUCCAACAACCGAAAGGUCAGCUACGGCGGGUCCACCAGAUCUAAGCAGUGAUCCUUUUCCAAGCACAACAGAAACUGCAGCGCGGCCGACUGUAACUUCAACGGCCAGUGGGCACCCGCAACCAACAGAGGGUGGUGGACCAAACCUGGGGACCGAACAUGACUUGAGCUCACGACAGAGAAUUGGCGCAGGAGUUGGCUCAGGGGUUUCUGGGGGAUUGCUCUUGGUGUUUUUUGCGUAA